UCCUGAGCGUGAGCUGCGCGAGCUCACUCUCCGCUUCUCCUACCCGAUACAGCAGCGAGCAGCGCGAGCUUCAGCGCCGUGACGUCAGCGCCGGUUCAGCGUGUUGGAGCAUGAUCUUCAGAGCUCCGGGCUCUUCAUGGAUCUAGUGGAGUUCAGUCAGCCCGAGUCCUUCUGCUUCCCCCAGCAGCACGACUUCCUGGACAUGAUGUCAAUCAACACCCACUGCCCCGCCUACAUCAAGACAGAGCCCUCAAGCCCCGCCUCCCUGACGGACAGCCUGACGCAGCACAGUCCAGGGGGCUCAUCGGACACGGGCAGCAGCUACAGUUCUAUCGCGAAGGGCAGUCUGAGGGGCAUGGACUCGCCCUCUCUGAGGCCCGGCGGCGCCCCCUGUAGGCUGCUGGAGGAGCCGCAAGUGAAGAGCGAGUUUGGGCUGACCACUUCGCCCAAGCGCUUGUGCCUGGUCUGCGGCGAUAUUGCGUCCGGCUUCCACUACGGCGUGGCCUCCUGCGAGGCCUGCAAAGCCUUCUUCAAACGCACCAUCCAAGGGAGUAUUGAGUAUACGUGUCCAGCGAACAGUGAGUGUGAGAUCACUAAGAGGAGGAGGAAGUCCUGCCAGGCCUGCCGCUUCACCAAGUGCAUCUCAGUGGGCAUGCUCCGAGAGGGCGUCCGUCUGGACAGAGUUCGAGGAGGACGGCAGAAAUAUAAAAGGGGUCUGGAGUCAGAAAACAGCUCUUACCUCAACAUGCAGUUUCCUCUGAACCACAAGAAAGCACGAACAGACCCCUGCAGCAUUAAUGUUGAGAAUAAAGUGGUGUCUCACUUGUUGGGGGCGGAACCAGAGAAGGUGUUUGCCAUGCCUGACCCCGCCCUCCCUGAUGAUGACAUCAAAGCUCUGACCACACUGUGUGACCUCGCUGACCGGGAGCUGGUGCUCAACAUUGGCUGGGCCAAACAUCUCCCAGGGUUCUCCAGCCUUUCUCUGCCAGACCAGAUGCGUCUCCUCCAGAGUGCCUGGAUGGAGAUUCUGCUCCUGCGUGUGGUCUUCCGCUCGCUGGACGCUGAAGAUAAGCUGGUGUUUGCGGAGGACUACGUCAUGGACGCUGGUCAGGCUAAGCUAGCGGGUCUGCUGGAGCUCCACACGGCCAUCCUGCAACUGGUCAGGAAGUACAGGAGCAUGGGGCUCGAGCGAGAGGAGUUCGUCACCCUCAAAGCCAUAGCGCUCGCCAACUCAGACUCUAUGCACAUUGAGGAUAUGGAGGCAGUUCAGAGGCUGCAGGACUGCGUGCAUGAGGCCCUGCAGGACUAUGAGCGCACCCACCACGGGGAGGACCCUCGUCGGGCCGGAAAGUUGAUCAUGACCCUCCCUCUGCUCCGGCAGACCGCCGCCAAGGCCGUCCAACACUUCUGCAGCAUUAAGCAAGACGGACGAGUGCCCAUGCACAAACUCUUCCUGGAGCUUCUAGAGGCCAACGCUUAACUUUCAUCCUGAUCGGACCAUCACUCUGAGGUGAAGCCCCCCCAGCCGGACUUCUUUGAGGGAGGGGGUGACUAAACAUGAAUCACAAAUAAAACGCUUAGAAUGAAUGAUGGUGGAGGAAUGAAGGGGAAAGGAAGAUGGUCUGUCUGUGACGAAUGAUCGUACAUAUGAACGUGAUUUCUUGAAGGAACUACACUUAAAACUUGAAGACAUUCAUUGGUUGUUCUUGCUGCAGUCACUGCUGUUCUUAUUUAACAUGAACAGCUUUUCAUUUUAUUUUUUGGUGCUUUAAAAAGGUGCUGGAGGGAAUAAAGGAGCUGUGCUGAAAGCGAGGAGAGCGAAGUCAGCCUUGCCAAAUCAUCACUGUUAAAAGAAAACCUCGUAAAAAACAGCUGCUCUUUACAUUGUGUGAACGUUUUAUGAUGAAUAGACCAACAGCAAAGGUCCAAAAUUACUGGGGAAAAAAAAAUCUUAUUACAGUAACAGAUCUUAAGUAUAGGGAUGCACCGAUAUGGGAAUUCUGGGCCAAUGCUGAUAUCCGAUAACUUUCGUGUACAUAUCUGUCGACAGAAAUGCCAAUAUAUACGCAUUUGGAACUAAAUCUACCUAAAUCAGCAUUACUGAGAAAUGAAAUGUAUACUUUAUUAAAGUUAAAAAUGCAAUGAUAAUUAGUAAUACAUAAUUAAUAUUUAAUACCCUCAAAACCAUAGACGCUUCCAAAUUACAACAAAACUACAAAUCAACAGCAAAUAAUCCACGGCCCAGUCAAACUUUGCAGCUGAGAUAUAGAGCCUCUCAGCCAGUGGCCCAGUCAAACUCCACAGCCAAGGUAUAGAGCCUCUCAGCCAGUGGCCCAGUCAAACUCUACAGCCGAGAUAUAGAGCCUCUCAGCCAGUGGCCCAGUCAAACUCCAUUGCCAAGAUAUAGAGCCUCUCAGCCAGUGGCCCAGUCAAACUCCACUGACUCUCAGCCAGUGGCCCAGUCAAACUCCACAGCAGAUGUACAGAGACCGCUUAGCUAGUGGCACAGUCAAACACCACAGCCCAGCCAUAGAGCCUGUCAGCCAGUGGCCCAGUCAAACUCUGCAGCUGAGGUAUAGAGCCUCUCAGCAGUG